UGACGUCAUCAAGCUUUGUUAGAGCGGCUUCACGUGGUGUAUGUACAAGUGUGUGAUUCUAGCGUCUCAGGUGCGCAGCCUACUGAUUUGAACAUGGUAUACUGUUCGGUUCCUCGCUGUUCAAAUUACAACGCAAAGAAACAUUAUUCUAAAAUUAGUUAUUUUCGUUUCCCAAAAUCGCCACGGAGAAGACAACAAUGGAUAAAGUACUGUAAGAUUCACGAUGAUGGAUGGAAAGGUCCGUUGGGUGAAUAUCGCGUCUGUGAUGCUCACUUUGACACUUGCUGUCGUGUUUCGCGAGCAAUGCCUUCCAGUUGUUCGACUGAUCGGAAACAAUUACGCCCGGAUGCUGUACCAUCCUUAUUUGGAAACGGGAUCAAGGGACAGCACUCCCAUCAAGACCCUGACUGGAGUGUUUUCGUAAACAAACGUCGUAAAGUCGAAGCAUCUCGGGUAAGUUUAAUGUAUGUAAUAUCACAUAAAAUCUAAACACGGUAGCAUAUAAGGUAGCUGUUUAACACAGGAAUAAGUUAGUAUUUGUUCAUAGUUUCACGAGAUAAUUAAGCAUGUUAAACGUGCGUCUCGUUCACUUCCUGGAAUUACUUGGACAUCGAUAUUCGGUGAUCAGCUGAUCGCAGUACUACAGUGUGCUGCACGGUUUUGUGAUUUUGAUAGUUGACAUAUGUGUGGUAAGUAAUUUUCACGUAACGAACUUCAUCGAUUGUUUGUAUUUGUUUUUUUAAUUUACAGUCGUUCACCUUCACGAGCGAUAAAAGUGAAUUUGAAUAUAACUACCCCUCGAUGCCCGUGGGCAGUCAGUGUGGAGAUGUACCGUCCGAGAAACAUAACUUGCACAUACAACCCCCUAAUUGGACAGCAGAUGCCGGAACUGACACCAACCAUCUCAUUUCGUGUCGAAGCAAGUCAUGCCAGACUCUGAUGCCCUCACUCAGCUCAACAGGUACUCAGAAGAGCCUGAAUACAUCCCGGUGCACGGUAGCUGUCCAGUGUACACCGCAAACAUGUGACCGUGCUACACAGUAUGAGGCACCAAGUGAGGCUGGCAGCAAGCAUGAUACACCUUACACAAGUGAUGAUGACAGUGACAGUGAUGAAGACUACCACCCUCUUUCAAGCAAAGUCAAGUUCGAAGAAUUUCAGUCCCAGCAAAAGUCCCUCAAUGAUCAUCUUGAAGAAACAAAGUUCCUGGUGUUCAAAUCCAAUUUGUUGUCUUUGUUCUUGUUUUGCAAGUUAUGCUUUUGUUCAUGCAGAGCCACUAUUUAUAAAGUCUGUGGUAGUCUUGUGACUGUUCAGAUACAGUGCCUUAGACACAAAGAGCAUCUGUAUUUCUGGAGUAGUCAGCCAGUCCACAAACAACUGCCACUUGGCAAUUUGGCCAUAGCUUGUGCUAUUUUCUUUAGUAGCCUUUCCCCAGUAAAGGCUCUGAGGAGCUAUUCAAUACUGAACAUGUACAGCAUAAGCAGAUCAACGUUUCAUAAGAUCCAGAGAAGCUAUAUUGUUCCAGCCAUUUCAAGGGUGUGGUCUAAACAUCAAAAUCAACUCCUGCUUGAAAGAAAGGAGAAAUCCAUACGCCUGGCAGGGGAUGCAAGGUGUUGCUCACCUGGACACACAGCCAAGUAUGGAAGCUACACCUUGAUUGAUGUGGACACAAACCAUGUUUUGGACAUCCAGUUGGUACAGUCGAAUGAGGUGGCCAAUUCUAAUGCCAUGGAACUUGAGGGAUUAAAAAGGGGCCUUGCAUUUCUUCAGGCAGCCAGGGUGGAUGUUUCAGACAUCAUUACAGACAGGCACACGCAAAUUAAAGCCUACUUAAGGAAGGAGGAAGCUGGCAUUCACCACUGGUUUGAUGUAUGGCAUGUAGCUAAAGGCAUUUACAAGAAACUUCAAAAAAUCAGCAAAAAGAAAGGCCUGGAAAUAAUCAGCUUGUGGGCACAUUCCAUUUCCAAUCACCUAUAUUGGUGUGCUGCAACCAGCAAGGGCAAUGCCGAGGAGGUGCAAGCUAAGUGGUUGUCGAUUGCUAACCACAUAGCUAACAUCCAUAGUGGUCAUGGUGCAAGCUUCCCUUCAUGUAUGCACGGGGAAAUUCAAGAUAGAAUUUGGGUAACUGCUGGCACACGAGCUCACAAGGAGAUUGAAAGUAUCCUCAAGUCUACAUAUCUCCUUAAAGAUGUGGCUAAACUGUCACCCCAUGGGCAGACAUCACAUCUGGAAGGAUUUCAUAGCGUGAUAUGCCACUUCGCUCCCAAAUUUUAUCACUAUCAUUACAACGGAAUGAAAGCAAGGUUGCUGAUGUCUGCACUCCAUUUCAACGAGAAUGGUAGUCGGCACAUUGCAAACACCAAGAAUGGACACGAGAAAUGGAGUGUUUCUUAUCCUAAGAGCAGAAACUGGGAAGCUGCUGCUAAACCCCUCAAGACAAAUCCAACAUACGAAUAUGUUGGCGAGCUGCUACAUGAAGUGUCAUACCUCCGAACAGAGUUUACGAGUUUUAACCUUGCCAACAACUCCCUCAGUGAGAACCAGCCACCCUGCAUAACUGACACUCAUGGAAAGAAACAACAAAAACAGAUUGUUGUCAGAAAUCAUAAAACCAGAUUUCAAUAA